AUGCUGGCCCAGCUCUGCGUCAGCGUCGCCGCACUGUCUGUCAUGCGCUUGCUGCGCGUCGUCAUCAUUCCCAGGCGCUCCGCACGACAGCUCGCCGUCCUCGCAAUUCCCGCCACCUUCUUCAUCGGCAACGUCACUGUCGGCUUGGUCGCACUGCAAUUGGUCAACAUCCCCAUGUUCUCCGCAUUCCGCAGGCUCAGCGUCCUCAGCGUCAUGCUUGUCGAGUGGCUCGUGCUCGGAAGGACCGCAUCGAGACAUAUCUUGCUCACCGUCUUUGUUAUGGUCUUUGGCAGUUUUGUCGCCGGCCUGGGCGAUCUCUCUUUCACCCUUCUCGGCUACUGUCUCGUCUUUCUCAACAACUUUAUCACCGCGGCCAACCUUGUCUCCAUCAAAAAAGCCACCGCCAUCCUCUCCUUGGACGCCCUCCCCCUGUUCUACUACGUCUCGCUCAUCUCGCUCCCCAUCGUCUUUUUGCUGGCCCUGCUCUCCGGCGAACUGCACAAUGCCGUCCACGCCGUCCAAACCCGGCCCGAGCUGCAGACUCCCUCGUUCGCAUUUGCUCUCGCCAUGUCGGCUGCCUCCGCUUUUCUCAUCAACUUUCUAACCAACAUGUGCACACAACUGACUUCCCCGCUUACCACCGCUAUCACGGGGCAGAUGAAGAACAUCCUACAAACCGUCCUUGGCAUCUUUGCCUUCGGCUACAAGAUAACACCCCUCAAUCUUUUUGGACUCGCCGUCGCCCUCUUUGGCUCCCUCCUGUUUGCCCGGUUUAAGUAUGUCGACUCCCAGGCUGCCAAACUCCAGGCCAAGAAGAUAGCUGCCAACCAACUACCUAUGACCCUCUCCCACUCCGCACCAACGCCGUUUCCGGACAAAGCGGGAGUCGCUGGAAUUCCCGGUAGUGACGAUGAAACGAUGUUGCUGAGACAAGCGGCUAGGCACGUUUCCAUUGCCGUGGGCGGUCAUUCUCCCCACAUGGCAUAGAUAACGACUAUGUCACUGAGAAGCUGGUGUUGCUUUGAAAGCUUUUAUUUGUAAAACACGUUCAAAAGAUCUAUCUA